CGGGGGCGGAGCUCUCUAAGCUCUGGGUUUAAGGCUAGGAGGGAGGGAGACAGAGAGUCACUCAAGACGAGGAUGGAGUCUGCAGUCCGUAAAAUGGGGUCCUCUUGAUCUGGUCGCCUUGGCUUUGUCUGACCGACAAAAGCCCAACCGUCGGAGGCCUCCCUUGCCGUAAGAAGGAAAUCGGCAGAAGCACCAAGAGGUCCUUCAGUCUGUUUGGAGGCUGCCUUAGAGCCGAGACUGGAGAUGCGAAGGCAAAACUCAGCUGACCACGAAGGAGGAAAAGGCCUCAAAGUCAUCCAGGCCGGGAGCAGUGGGGGAUUCUGGGACAGAGCCAUGCUGCAGAUGCCGAGUCAGGAGGACUCCCUCAGCUCAGAUGCGCAGCGCCAGUGUUUCAGGCGGCUCCCCUACCAGGAAGAAGCCAAGGGCCCCCGAGAGGUUUGCAGCCGACUCCACCUUCUUUGCCGUGAGUGGCUGAAGCCAGAGCGGCACACAAAGGCUCAGAUCCUGGACCUGGUGAUCCUGGAGCAGUUCUUGGCUGUCCUCCCACUGGAGAUGGCGAGCUGGGUGAGGGAAUGUGGAGCGGAAACCAGUUCGCAGGCGGUGGCCCUGGCCGAAGGUUUCCUCCUGAGCCAGCCAGAGGAGAAGAAGCGGGAAGAGCAAAAGGUGCGGGAGCAGUCAGAAGCAGCUGGUAGUUUCCAGAAGGCAGGGAACCCAUCCUCAGACCCUGGACAGAACAUGUCGUUCAGAGAGAUUGGCCAGGAGGAUGGAGGUGGCGCCUCCUUGGGUGACAAAGUGAAGCCAGCAACAGGCAUUGGGUCAAUUCUUCUUGGUGGUAGAAUGGAUGCAGCGUCAGUGCAGCUUGAUGAGGGUCCGGCAUCCUUUGAGGAUGUGGCUGUGUAUUUCACGGAAAAGGAGUGGGCUCUGCUGGAUCCUGACCAGAGAGCUCUGCACCAGGAAGUCAUGGCUGAGAAUUCUGCAAAUGUAGCCUCUCUGGCUAAUGUGAAGGAAACCAAGAAAGUGGAGAGACUCUGCAGAGUGCUAUUGGAAAGACUUGAAUAUAAUCCAAGACAACAGCAAAAAAGAAAAAUGGGAAGAACUCGAAAGACGAAUGAAUCCUCUGCUUCUUGGGCUGGUGACGUCCAAGGGAAAAUUGACAAACAAAACGAAAGGUGUAAAUGCUCAGUGUGUGGGAAGUGCUACAGUAGAAAAUCAGGCUUAAAACGUCAUUUGAGAAUCCACACUGGGGAAAAGCCAUUUAAAUGCCUGGAGUGUGGAACAAGGUUUGCUCAGAAAGUGAGCCUUCUUUCACAUCAGAGCAUUCAUACAGGGGAGAAACCAUACAAAUGCUCCGUCUGUGACAAGGGCUUCCUCGCUAAAGGAAGUAUUCAAAAACACAUGAGCAUCCACACAGGUGAGAAACCAUAUAGAUGCCUGGAGUGUGGAAAGAGAUUCAACGUGAAGGGAAGCCUGACUUCUCAUCAAAGAAUACACACAGGAGAGAAACCAUAUAAAUGCUUGGAGUGUGGAAGGCGCUUUGCUCACAGUAACAGCCUUGUUUCACAUCAAAGAAUUCACGCUGGGGAGAAACCAUAUGAAUGCUCAGAGUGUACCAAGAGCUUCAGUUGUAACUCAGGCCUUAAACAACAUAUUAAGAUUCACACUGGAGAAAAAUCAUAUAAAUGUUUAGAGUGUAAAGAGAGCUUCAGACAGAGGAUACACCUCACUUCACAUCAAAGAAUUCACACAGGAGAUAAACCAUUUGGAUGCUCUGAAUGUGGAAAGAGCUUCUCUCAGAGCUCACAUCUUUCCUCGCAUCAAAAAAUCCACACGGGAGAGAAACCAUAUAAAUGCUUUGAGUGUGGAUUAAGUUUUACUCAGAGUACAAGCCUUUCUUCACAUCGAAGAAUUCACUCAGGAGAGAAACCAUUUAAAUGCCUGGAGUGUGGAAAGAGUUUCAAUGUUAGCUCAGGCCUUACUACUCAUCUAAGAAAGCACACAGGAGAGAAACCAUAUAAAUGCCUGGAGUGUGGAAAAAGCUACACUGUGAACUCAAGCCUUACUUCCCAUCAAAGAGCCCAUACAAUAGAGAAAUCAUAUAAAUGCCGAGAGCCAAUCAGGAUCAGAGAAGUAACAGGGACUCUGAAGGGAGCUUCAGGGUGAUCCUCACUCCACAACAAAGAACUCACAAAGGUUUAAGAAGAAAGCAAUAUUCCAAGAUGCAAGUAAUGAGGAGGAAUAAUGACAUACACAAAUGCAAACAAACGCACAGGAGUUUUUAACUGUUUGCAGAAGG